AGCGAGAAAAGACUUAAAACACAGCGGCCGUCGCCGUUCGCCGGGUUGAUUUUUCAACACAAAAUUUGGGCUUGCAACUCCUGCAAGUCUUGUUUUUGCAAUCUGGGACUGCUUGCUGUUUUCUCCAAGGCCCGAAGAUGGUUAAAGACCACAAAGAGCUUGUCAAGGCCUGCGGGGAGUUAGAUUUGGAUAAUUUGAAAGUAAAGAUAGAUGAUGAAUACAAAAGCUCCUUUCGAAAUAUGAGGAGAAUAAAAGAUGAAGCUCUGCAGUGGGCCAGAGAAAUAAAGGAGAAGCUGCAAGAAAAGCAGACAAGCCCUAUGCCACCAAGGACACCAACACUCAAGAGACCAACUCGGAAGAGGAAAAUUCCCACCGCUUCCGAAGUUGAGGAGAAGGAAAAUUCCAUUGCUGUAGGGCGGCAAGCUCGAGCUGCCUCGCAAGCUGCAGCUUCCAAGUUCCACAAGCAGCUGUAUGUGCCUGUAAAGCUGAGACGACCCAGCGAAAAGCCUGCCGAGGUGCCUCCAGCAAAGGAACGUAAAAGGGUCAGGAUUGCCAGUUCUUCAGCAGAAAGUGAUGAUGACGCUGUGUCAGUCGCCUCUACCACCAAAAGCACCAAAUUGAAACGUGCAGCUCGGAAAAACAAAAAAGAAGUCAGUGACGAUGAAUCAAGCGAAGAAGCUGAAAAACCACAGAAACUUGAAAAGCCAAAGAUGAAUACCAGGGGCCGCGCAAAAUUGGUAGCUCAGGAAAAGAAACUGAUGCCUGCCAAGAAAAUGAAGGUGGUUAAACCGGCUGAUUCAAGUGAUUCUGAGUUUGAAAAGCCGCCUGCAAAAGCCACUAGUAGCUCUGAGGCUUCAAACGAUGAACCAAAUUCUGAGCAUGUUGAGACUUCAAAAGACGAGCAACAUUCUGAGCAUGUUGAGUCUUCGAAUGAGGAAAAGAAUUCUGAGCAUGCUGAAACUACAAGGGAAGAAACGCAUUCUGAUCAAUCGCAGGAAGAAACUAGCCCUCCAAACCAGAAUAUCAAGAAGAAUGACGCGCUGCUCCUGAGUCGGGUGGUUGCCAUCAAGGUUGAAAAAUUAUCAGAAACUUUCAUUAAGCGUCAGAUAGGAGAAGACGUUUCUACUGAAGAAGCGACUACAGAAGAGUCUGAGCCACCUGUGAGCUCUCCCGAACCUCCAGCAACUGAGACUCAAAGGAAGUCACCCAGGACUAACAAAGUCGAGACGAAAGUACCAGACAAAGCGUCUGAACUCCGUGCUUUAACACCACACAUUGCUGGAAAAGUGAAGGAGAUGGUGAUGGCAGUUGAGCAGUCGCUGAAGAAGGGUUAUCCGAAAGUCAACAUCCAGAAUCACCCUGAGCAUGCGGCCACCACUCCUCACUCACCUUCAAAGUGGUUGAAGGCCCCGGAGCUGAUGCACGCCAUCAGCUCCCAGGACAUUUCCCCAGACCCAUUCAGUGAGAGCAAGCACGCCUACUCGCCGACUGUUUUGCGGAAGAAAUCCAUUCCCACCUGCAGCAAACCUACAACAUCCCAACAGCAGGGCUUGAGCACCAUCCAAAGGAGUACAGUGACGAGGCCUCACAACGCCACUAGCACUCUUAGCCGGAGCAAAGUCAUUAUAAGCAAGUUCACCCUUGAAGCAGCCAAGGAGCAGGCCCAGUUGGCUGCUGUUGAAGUUGAGAAGAAAAAGGAACUCGAGCGUCAGCUGAGGGAUGAGAAAAUAAACGAGGCCCAGAAGAAGAAAGAGGAAAUAUUGAAACUGAAGAUGGAAGAGAAGAAAAAGAUCAAUGAAGAAAAAAAGAAAAAAGUAAAACAAGUGCAGGAGCAACGUCAAAAGGAACUGGAGGCGCAGCAGAAGGAGAAGGAGGAGCUGCAGCUACGCAAACAGGAAGAGAAAAGUAAGAAGAACAAAUUUGAAGAACUGAAGGCAAAGCGUCUGGCAAAGAAAGUGCUGCAAGAAGAAGCAAAGAAAAAGCUGCAAGAAGAGGCAAAGAAAGCCAAGGAGGAGGAGGAAGAGUUAAAUCGGAAGGCUGAGGAAUUGAAAAAGAAGGAAGAAGAAAAGAAGAAGAGAGACGAGGAAAAGAAGAAGAAAGAUGAGGAAAAGAAGAAAAAGGAGGAGGAAAAAAAGGCUGCUCUCAAACUAGACGCUGCCAAGAAAUUAGCUGCUGCGGCAAGUGUCCGCGAGAAGGAACAUGUGCAAACUGCUGUGCAUGAGAUGAAUUGCACUUUCACAAUGCCUAAGGAAGAUACAUGCAAGACGCCCAAACCUAAAGCACCUAAUCCAGUAUUGGCAAAAGUAGCCGGAACUGAGUCUUACGAGGUGACACCCAGCAGGGAUGAAAUGCCACCGGCACCACCUAAAAGUGACAAUGACUACGGCAUUGAUGAGGUUGAAGAAGGUGACUCCAGCGAUGAUGAUGAGAAGCCAAAGAAGAAGGUCCCUCUUUGGGCUCAAAAAAUGAAGAACAACAUGAAAUUGGAUUGUGCUGAUUAUGUGAGGGUCAACCUGCGCAACAACUUUUUUGGAACAAGGGUGUUCAAGCCAUCUGUGAAGGAUUUGUUUGGAGACGAUGCUAGGCCUCUGACACGGCGUUCGAGCGCCGUUUGGAACACACCGCCCAACUUGCAUCACAUGACCCUUAACGCUUCAAUGCUCCAGGAUUAGUAAUUUUCACGAUUGCCUCUUGAUAGAAUUAGUUCAUGCAUUCCAUAUUGUAAAUAUAUUGGCUAGCUCUUUCCGUUUUAUGAGAUGGACAGAUCCAGGCAAAAUUGUUGUUCAAACACUUCCACUUGCUAAUGUUUAAUUUAAAAUUUCAAAGUGAAUGAAUUCAUCGAUAUGUUAAAUUUCCAGUUUUAUUGUCACUGAUUCGAUCUGAUAAUUUUAAUUCAUUAUAUUCAUUCAUUAAUUUUGAAAGUGCACUGUGAGUCUAUGAAAUUUUAAUACAUAAACGUUUUUUAUCAUUAAACAGAGUUCCAAUAAAAUUAGAUUUCAUUAAUUGUCAUUUUGUCUGCUCUUCUUCUUCUUCACCUUUUCCUCAGGGGCCGAUGGGUUUGUCCCUGCAUAAAAUUCCUUUAGAAGGUUUAUUGCUUCAUCUGCUCGCACAUUGCCGAUUGUCCGUGGCUUUGGACAUGGACACGUCACUUCCAUUGCGUCCAGCACAGUUCCCAUCCCUCCGAAGCGUGGAUUGGAACAACCAAAAACUACUUGUCCGAUUCCGAGCAUCUUCAGUGCCGCCGAACACAUGAUGCAAGGCUCGACUGUGACAUAGAGACUGACUUGACCCCAGUCAAUGUCCGGUGUCUUCAAAAGAAUUUUAUCUAUGCAUUUGAUUUCCGCGUGCGCCUCACCGGUCAACCUGUUGUUUGUCGCAUUCCUUCCCUCGCAAAUUAUGUUUUCAUCCAAGACGAAAACACAGCCUACAGGAACUUCUCCCUCGGCUAGAGCUAGUCUAGCUUGCACGAAGGCUUUUUCCAUGAAAAAAUCCUCCUGGCUGGAAGAUCUUUUUGCAGGGGGCGGAGAAUCUUGAUGGGAAGCAUCAUUUGCUGAAUCAAUUUUUUCGUUCAUCUCGUC